AUGGGGCACCGGGAGAGGCCGCGCGGCCACGUCUACCCAGACGAGGAGAGCGGGGCUGGCGGGGAGCCGCGUCUGCCAGAGGAAACCCCGCCCGCGCCGCGCCUCGAGCAUCUGCUUCCGGGUUUCCGGCCUGGCCGCAUCGAGGGCCACCUGGGGACGGCGCCUCGUGUCCGCCUGCCCUCCGCUUCCGGCGUGUGCUCUGGACUCAAGGGCGUGAUCUCCAUCCCUCUGUACAUCCCUCACUCACUGUUUAACUGGAGUUUUGGAAGUGAAAUCUGUGCAUUUUGGCUCAUUACCGACUAUCUUUUGUGUACAGCAUCUGUAUAUAAUGUUGUCCUCAUUACUUAUGAUCGAUACCAGUCAGUCUCAAAUGCUAUGUCUUAUAGGGCUCAGCGCACUGGGAUCCUGAAGAUUGUCACUCAGAUGGUGGUGGUUUGGAUACUGGCCUUCUUAGUGAAUGGGCCCAUGAUUCUGGCUUCAGAGGCCUGGAAGAACAAAACAACGGCCACCACUGAAGAAUGCGAACCCGGAUUUGUAUCGGAAUGGUACAUCCUUGCCUUCACGACCCUCUUGGAAUUCCUGACCCCGGCUGUCUUGGUGGCUUAUUUCAACGUGCAGAUUUAUUGGAGUCUCUGGAAGCGGGGGAAUCUCAGCAGGCAUCUUAGCUAUCCGGGCUUCAUUCCCACUUCUCGUGACUCUGGCGGCUCAUCCAGAUGCAGGCAGGCCGCCAGCACAUCUCUGCAGGCAUCAGCCGUGUCCCUUCAUUCAGACCGACCAGGAAGAAAGAUCAGCCUCCUGGUUUCCUUCAGAUCCCACAUGAAUAGCAGCUCAGGUGCUUCCAAGCUGGGCUCUCUCUGCCACGCAGGUUCCAUGGCUCCUUACCAAAGGGAACAUCUCGAGCUACUCAGAGCCAGAAAAUUAGCCAAGUCCUUGGCCAUUCUCUUAGUUGUUUUCACCAUUUGCUGGGCUCCAUAUUCUCUGUUCACAAUCGUUCUUUCUACCUACCCGCCCAAGAAGCGUCCCAGAUCAGUUUGGUACACUAUUACAUUUUGGCUUCAGUGGUUCAAUUCGUUUGUCAACCCCUUUCUGUAUCCCCUGUGUCACAAGCGUUUCCAGAAGGCUUUUUGGAAAAUAUUUCGUGUGAAGAAGAAACCGGUACCAUUACAGAACCGCUCAAUAUCCUCUUGAAGGAAAAUGUCCACACUUCUGUAAGUCUUUGUCUCUGUGAAAUAUGAAUCAAUUUGA